AUGGGAAAUAUUCAUCAUUGGGACACUGAAAAUAGGCAAUGGAUAAGAGAAAAAGAUUGUGAAGAAAACCUAUCACGACAAAUUAAAUCUAAAUUAUCUAUUUUAGAAAGUUCAAUCAAUUCAGCCAAAACUAAACUAAAAAGCAACAGCAAAUUUUCUGAGGCCAAACGUGAAGAAAGAGAAGAAAAAUUAAAGUCAUUUUUUAGCAAUUUUCCAACUACUCCCAGGAAAUUUGUUAAAGCACUAGAAAACAUUAAAUCAGGACUGAGUGGAAAGCUAACCGAAGAAGAAAUUAGUAAUCUUUGUCAAACCAAGUCAGAAUUAAUUCAACUACGAACAGAAUUUAAAGAACUAAUGAGCAAACGUAAGCAGGAAGUAGUUCUCAAAAUCCUUCAUAAUUCCCAAAAUAACACCGAAUUUCUUAAAGAAACCGAAAAACAUAAAAUCAUUGAUGAUUGA